AUGACGUCGGCUAAAACGGCAUUGAUCUUCCGCGGCGUGAACUCUGUCCAUUUUCUGGGUCUCUGCCAGCCCAGCAACGACACCAAAUCACCAAAAACCUCUGUGCUCCACCCUUCACGGACGGGAAGUGCGAAACGAAACAAAAAGUGCUUGCCCCUCCUCUCGCUCCUCAGCGGCGUCUACGCACAAGAAACAACAGCACCACCCUUCUCCGCCCCUGGGCCGAUGGAGCAAAGCAUUACCCUCACCGCUAGCUUAACCACCACCGUCGUCUCGACCACGACCGCCAGUAGCGCGACCUUGACAGCACUUUCCGGCACGAGGACAGAUACCAGCACCGAAGACACUGCCAGCCUGAUACCAGUCGUUGGCACCAAUACAGAUGCGGAGACACCGACCAGUGGUAGUACGACAGUCGUUCUCACGAGUACAACGGGUUCGGCUUCGACUUCGACAAUCACGCAGACUGCUGCUACAACUACUUCGAGUGCGGCGGCGGGGGGAGUCGCGGCUGUUAUGGGAGGGACUGUGGAGCAGGUGGUUAUACUGGGACUGGGAGCAGGAGCGGCAUUUGUGCUCUAA